AUGAUUACGGUCGCUCGUGUUCCACUUCAUUUCCCACAGGAUCCCAGUUUUACACCAGAGUUGGACUUGCUGCGGCGAGAUGCGGAAAAUGCGCUUUUUGGGAGUACAAAUAGUUCGCUAACAAGCCAAUUAGAUAUACUGCAUCGGUUCGCAGACGCACUGCUCCAGCAGUACCAAUCCUUUGAGAACAGUCAGUUUCUGGCCACCUCCGUUUCAUGCGCAAUUAUCAACAUGGCCUCCGUGUGCCAGAAGCUGUCUGAACAGCUUUUGCAUAAGGCGUACAGGGAGGAUUCGCGGGAAGCUUGGGCGCGGAGCGGCAGUUACAACAAGAAAAGCAUAGGGUUAUUACAGUUUUUGAUGCACGAACGGAUCUCCGAGACCGCUGGGCAGCUGGAGAUUAUACAAACGUGUCUGAGAUGCUGGUCCAUUUCGCAGCAGCUUGGGCUCGUGCUUCUUUCGAUUGCCAAGCUUAAAUCGCAGGUGUAUAACUUUUCCGACGGUUCCAAGGACCCCUACGAACGCCUGCUCGAGUUACAGACGUCAGAUCUGAAAGAACUCUCGACAAACAGUGUGCUCUAUUCGAGACUCUGCAUAGGCUGCCGAGACGCUUGCACCCAGCUAGUCUCGCAAGAUGUCGGAGCUCAAGCAGAGACACUUACAAAAUACCUGAACGUGCUCAUUUUCACUUUACUUUCACUAGAUUUCUACAAACAAGACAAAUGUGGCGUAGCGAUCGGAAUGCUCGAUUUCGCCAUCCAAGAGUUGUCCCAAGGGCUCGUUACCACCAAGCAAUUGAAAAAAAUUACAGAGAGCCGACAGUUGAAGCACAUAGUGACCUCUAAAAUCAAGGAAUUUCGACAAGAUGCAAAGCAACUGCGAUCCAAAUUUAAAUUGAUGCGCAAACCUAACGGGACCGCGACUUGUAAUUCUUCUUCUCUCGAUUCUUUUAUGCAGACGGUGUUUGAUGACUUUGUCAUCCCGCUCAUAAUGCUUCUGCGAUGUAGGUUUCAAAAGACAAACGACAAAGUGUUUUUCGAUAAAGUCGUUCAAGAUCGCCUAGAGCUUAUCAAACUAUGGCCACAGGGUAAAUCUCCUGAUUGUACUGGAACUGUGUGGGUGUUUAACGGACUCACGAUUACCGAGUCUCAGGCAUCAGCUGCAGAGUACUUUUGA